CCCCCCCUCUUCUGCCCCCACUGGCUACGGGACUGGGACUUAGGCCAGGCUUCCAGCAGGACCUUCUCCCGAGGGAUGGGCAGUUGCUGAAGGACGUCUCAUUGCCGGGGCUUAGCUGGCCACACCAUGAACCUCCAGGCCCAGCCCAAGGCUCAGAAUAAACGCAAGCGUUACCCUUUUGGGGACCAGGAGCCGGCUUCCAAGGAACAGCCACCACCCCUGAAGGCUCCACCACAGUCCCUCAGAGCGAAGGAGGAACAGUACGAGGCCCACGAAGGUCCAGCCGGGGUUGCCUCCACCACCCAGCCCGUGGAGCUGCCUCCCACCAACAACCUGGCUCUGCUGAACUCCGUGGUGUACGGGUCUGAGCGGACCACUGCGGCCAUGUUGUCCCAGCAAGCCCAAGUAAGCUCAGUCAAGUGGCCCAACUCCGUGAUGGCUCCGGGGCGGGGCCUGGAGCGAGGAGGAGGAGGAGGAGGAGGAGGAGGAGGAGGAGGAGGAGGAGGAGCUGGAGGCAUUAGUGACAGUGGCUGGCAGCAGCAACCUGGCCAGCCUCCACCCCACUCCUCAUGGAACCACCUGUCCCUCUACAGUGGACCCAAAGGGAGCCCUCAUCCAGGUGUGGGGGUCUCUCCCUACUAUAACCACCCUGAGGCACUGAAGGGGAACAAGCCUGGGGUUCCACAGCUGGAUCACUAUGGAAACGCAGUGCAACCCAUGGUGCCACAGAAGGUGCAGCUGGAAGUGGGGAGGCCCCAGGCACCCCUGAACUCUUUCCACGCAGCCAAGAAACCCCCCAACCAGACACUGCCCCUGCAACCCUUCCAGCUGGCCUUCGGCCACCAGAUGAACCGGCAGGUCUUCCGGCAGGGUCCACAGCCGCCUAACGCCAGCACCUCCUUCCCGCCUCAGAAGCAGCCGCAGCCACAGCCGCAGCCGCAGCCAGCGGCCCUGCCCCAGAUGCAGCUCUUUGAGAGCUUCUACCCCAUGCAUCAGCCGCCUUCACAGCAGCCCCAGGACUUUGGCCUGGGACCGGGUGGGCCCCUGGGACAGACCCACCUGGCACAUCACAGCAUGGCCCCCUACCCUUUCCCUCACAACCCAGAUCUGAACCCAGAACUGCGCAAGGCCCUCCUGCAGGACUCUGCCCCGCAGUCCGUGCUACCUCAGCCCCAGAUGGCCUUCCCACGUCGUUCCCGCCGUCUCUCCAAGGAGGGGAUUCUGCCUUCCAACUCCCUCGAUGGAGCUGGCGCCCAACCUGGGCAGGAGCCCACAGGCAAUCUGUUCCUUCAUCACUGGCCUCUGCAGCAGCCACCGCUGCCGGGCUCCCUGGGGCAGCCCCAUCCUGAAGACCUGAGAUUCCCAUUGGAACUAAGGGAGUCACAGCUGCUGGCUGACGGGGAGAGACUGGCACCCAACGGUCGGGAGCGGGAGGCUCCCCCCAUGGGUAAUGAGGAGGUCAUGAGGGCAGGGGCCCUAGGGGACUGUGGACAGAUGAUACGAGGUGGGGUGAUCCAGAGCACAAGACGGAGGCGCAGGGCAUCCCAGGAAGCUAAUUUGCUGACGCUGGCCCAGAAGGCGGUGGAGCUGGCCUCUCUGCAGGAUGCCAACGGCUCUGAGGAGAAGCGGAAAAGUGUGCUGGCCUCAACGGCCAAGUGCGGGGUGGAGUUUUCUGAACCUGCCUUAGCUGCUAAGCGAGCUCGAGAGGAGAGUGGGGGGAUGGUGCCCCUCAUCAUCCCCGUGUCUGUCCCUGUGCGGACGGUGGUGGGUCCAGCUGAGGUGGCCCAAGUGGGAAGUGUCGAUGAGGACGGCAAGGGUCUUGAACACUACCCCACAGAGCACAAGCCCUCGGUCAUCGUCACCCGCAGGCGGUCCGCGAGAGUCCCUGGGACGGAUGCUCCAGCUCAGGCUGAGGAGCUGAAUGUCAAGUUGGAGGGAGAGCCUUCCCUGCGGAAACCAAAGCAGCGGCCACGGCCGGAGCCUCUCAUCAUCCCCACCAAGGCGGGCACCUUCAUCGCCCCUCCCGUCUACUCCAACAUCACCCCCUACCAGAGCCACCUGCGUUCUCCCGUCCGCCUAGCCGACCACCCCUCUGAGAGGAGCUUCGAGCUGCCCCCCUACACACCGCCCCCCAUUCUCAGCCCCGUUCGGGAAGGCUCCGGCCUCUACUUCAAUGCCAUCAUAUCAACCAGCAGCAUCCCGGCCCCUCCUCCUAUCACGCCAAAGAGUGCCCACCGUACCCUGCUCCGUUCUAAUAGCUCCGAAGUCACCCCGCCCGUCCUGUCUGUGAUGGGGGAGGCCACCCCCGUGAGCAUCGAACCACGGAUCAAUGUUGGUACCCGGUUCCAAGCAGAAAUCCCCAUGAUGAGAGACCGUGCCCUGGCAGCUGCAGACCCCCACAAGGCUGACUUGGUGUGGCAGCCCUGGGAGCAUCUUGAGAGCAACUGGGAGAAGCAGAGGCAAGUGGAUGACCUGCUGACAGCUGCCUGUUCAAGCAUUUUCCCUGGUGCUGGCACCAACCAGGAACUGGCCUUGCACUAUCUGCAUGAGUCGAGGGGGGACAUCCUGGAAACGCUGAAUAAGCUGCUCCUGAAGAAGCCCGUGCGGCCCCACAACCACCCGCUGGCCACGUAUCACUACACAGGCUCUGACCAGUGGAAGAUGGCUGAGAAGAAGCUGUUCAACAAGGGCAUCGCCAUCUAUAAGAAGGAUUUCUUCCUGGUGCAGAAGCUGAUCCAGACCAAGACUGUGGCCCAGUGUGUGGAGUUCUACUACACCUACAAGAAACAGGUGAAAAUUGGCCGCAAUGGGACGCUUACCUUCGGCGACGUGGAUACAAAUGAUGAGAAGUCGGCCCAGGAAGAGGUUGAGGUGGACGUUAAGACUUCUCAGAAGGUCCCCAGGGUGCCUCCUCCCAGAAGAGAGUCCCCAAGUGAAGAGAGACUGGAGCCCAAGAGAGAAGUGAAAGAGCCCAGGAAGGAGGGGGAGGAGGAGGAGGAGGAGCCAGAAACCCAGGAGAAGGGAGAGCAGGAAGAGGGCCGCGAGCGCAGCCGGAGGGCCGCUGCCGUCAAGGCUACGCAGACACUACAGGCCAACGAGGCGGCCAAUGACGUCCUCAUUCUCCGGAGCCACGAACCCAACGCCCCGGGGCCUGCAGGUGCUCAGACCUCCGAGAAGCCGAGAGAAGGACCCGGGAAGUCACGCAGGGCACUGCCUUUCACGGAGAAGAAGAAAAAACCCGAGGCUUUUAAUAAAACCCAAAACCAGGAGAACACUUUCCCUUGUAAAAAAUGCGGCAGGGUGUUUUACAAGGUGAAGAGCCGCAGCGCCCACAUGAAGAGUCACGCCGAGCAGGAGAAGAAGGCCGCGGCCCUGAGGCUGAAGGAGAAGGAGGCCGCCGCCGCCGCCGCCGCCGCCGCCGCGCACCAGCAGGCGCUGAGGGAAGAGAGCGGCGAGGGCGAGAAGGGCUGAGAGCCCGCUGGACCCUCUCCCUGGGCUCCCCCUGCACCCUGCAGCCGGGAACCUCCGGAGGGAGCCGGGAGAGGGUCCCGUGGACUUUGCCAAACCAAUCCGAUGAUGAAAAAUAAACAGGCGCUUGCUUGUGUUGAGGAAGGCCGAGGACAGUGUUAAGGGCUCGCGGGAUCCAGUCCUCCCAGGAUCUGGUCCCGUCAGGAGUUGAGCCGCUGGCCUGGAGCCUUUGAGAGGCCGGGGCCCCUUGCAAGGGGGAAGGGCUCUGGCGCUGCUCUCUGAUUCCCGCUGUUGCCAGGCUUUGCGCAUCUCCUGCCUCCUCCGUCCCCGGUCCCUAGUAAGCCGCGUGGCAAGCCAAGCACAAGCUCACCCCCAUGGCAGAUGAUUUCUCCUUCCCCAGAGGACCUGGAAGGCUGUGCAGACCUUGUCCCAAGACCCCAAACAGAGGGACUCCUUAGAGAAUGGUGGCCUUAACACCUGGGUUGUCCCUGUACAGCUGCGUCCGGGCUGGAGCCGCGCCAGUGACCUGGCUUGAGGUCACCGCCUCUCUGGGAGUAUCUCGGAGGACAGUUUCAACCUCGUUGCUGCUUGUUAACAGCCCGUCUGGGGCUGGAAAAGUCUUCUCAAACAUUUGAGGAAGGGCCCCCCCCGCUCUUCACGCCCCCCCCGCUCUCAGCCUGCUGCGGGCAAGGGGACUGUACAGAGGCCGGAAGAUGCAGAGCCAGGCCCCAGGGAUCUUCCGAGAAGCCUGAUGACUCUACCUGCUGCCUACCAUUUUGUACCUUUGGGUCCUGGAGGCCGCUGAGGGAGCCUCAGGCAGGUCCUGGAAAGGCCUGGCCUGCUCUUCGGUGCCGGCUCCCGGCUUGCUUGUCCUGUCCUCGGUAGCUGCGGCCUAACCCCACUGCACCCCCACUCAGUGUUGAUAUUCACAGCCUAGCCCCCCCACCCCCACCCACCCCCAUCCUGCAUGCUGAAGAUUUCUGGAUCCUUCCCUGGGAGGGGGAUGUCUCCUAACUAGACUAGACAGGAGCCUCUUCAUUCCUUGACUCGUGUCAUUUGGGAACUAUUUAUUUAUUCUUAAUAUUUAAUUUUUAACAUCCUCAGGGACCAGGGGCCUCUUGCUUUCCAGAGGUCCAAGUGCAUUUAAUCCCAAAAUAAGGCACCUUCUUGGCAUCCCCACCCCCACCCCCAAUCCCAAGGCCCUAGGGUCCCUUACCUUGUGGCUCUUGCCAGUAGGGACGGUGGUAGUACUGAACGGGCUGGGAAGGUGGGGAGUGUUGUCACAGUCACAGGAAACCAGCAGAUGUGGGUGACAUCAAAGGCAGUUCUUGGGCCUGCCCUCUGUGUACUUUCAAAACGCUUGAGGGAGUUGGCAGGCCGCCAGAAUUCUAGUUCUGUUUAUCAGCCUGGAUUCUGGCUGGAAGAAACCAUAUUUGGCAUGAAAUUACUCAAGGGCCGGAAUGUUCUGGAGGCCCCUGGGCUUGCCAGUUCCAUAGGGGGCCUAAGUGGUUUUUCUGACAUCAUUAGUCAACUUGAGUUGUGCAGAAGAAAGUCUAAGUGGAUGUGUGUCUGAGUGGUCAACAUGUUAGCAAAGAACUGAAAAGGACUCGUUCACUGUUCUGUAGGGAAUAGCCUACAGCCCUGUUGGAAACUGGAAAGAGACAUGGAGUUUUGUUUUAAACUGUUCACUAUUGGGUAUUUUUUACAUUCAUUUAUGCGUUAGUACGGGCCUAUGAGAGCUGCCUUUGGAAGUAACGAAAAUGUCCCCCUAGAUAGCUGGGCGGUUACCUAAACCUUCAGCUUCCCAGUUAGUCUCUUUCAGAGGCGUCUACAAACUCAGAGUCUCGAGGUUGCAAAAAUCUGGUACCCUCUGGAAGCAAGAGAGCAACAAAUGUAGACUUCCUUCUAAAUCACGUGCAUAAUGAGUGCCUUCAUAGCUUAGCCCCAAAGUGCUGCUUACGGUUCCCGAGGUUUUUUUCUAUUGAAACCAUAUUUGGCUCAGGCCCCUUGGACAUGUGAUAUCAGACAUCUUCAGCCACGUGAGACUCUUCUGCUCAGUGGUAACCACCUAGUCCUUGGAAAUCCUACUUUAAA